GUUUUAUUGAUGCAAAAUUGCGAGUGAAAUUAUUUAUUACAUUUUAACGAACUGUGUUCGUAUCGAUUCAGUGCGCUGGAGUUUCUCUAGAAAGUCCCGCAAGUCAGUCGCGUUCGAGCAUCGCAUACCUUGCAUACAAAUAGUAUUAGUGGUAUCUUGUAUUGACGUAGGUUACCGGCGUUCGGUCAUUUGAAUGGUGUCCCUAGAGGCGAAAACAAUUGAAUAUUUGGGUUGAACGAACUUGGCUAUAAUGAAACUGAAAACGACCUAUUUGUUAUUAUAUAUUGUGUAUUUUGUGCCGUUUUGUACCGGCGCCAAAACAAAGCAUGGUCGCCAUAUAUUCAGAGCUAGUAAACCGGACAAUGUAAUGGAUGUGACCGACUUCUCUGUUUAUUACGACGUAGAAACAAAUGAAACAAUUAGAAAAAUGAUGCCGCGUCCAUGGUAUAAGCCGGGCUGGUUGCUUCGAUUCCCGUUCAGGGGCGGAAGGUGUAACUGCGAAGGUUUUAGGUGCACCUGUUGUACCGGAGUGAGGAUUCCAGCCUUCAAUUUUGACCGGAAGACUUGCACAAUCUUAACAUACGAACCUGAAGAAUCCAUGCUGGACAUGCAGGUGAUGAUGAACAACGAAACGGUCUUCAAAAAUUCAUAUUCUGCAAGAAACCCUCCGCCGUUCUGCGUGCCAAUCCCCGUACCAUAUUUACCUCCAGGCCUGGUCGAUAUGUGUAUCAGACUCUUUGAUAUCAAUAUAAUUGGCCAAAGGCUCCACGUUUGCAUGGAUAUGGAUACCAGGGUCGACAAAGCGCCUGUCAUUGUUCUGCAUUUCGACUGUAUGGAUAUGGGACUCGAUGGCGUUGGCUUAUCUAAACCAGGAGGCAGUUCCUCCAACAUCUCUAAUGAUGCAGUGGGAUCUACCACAACUCCAGAACCUACACAAGUAGCUUACGACAUUUACGAUACAGUGACGGAGAGUUACACUACAACAGAGGUUCUAUUUAAUAAUACUGUUAAAUAUAUUUAAGUUACCUUUGUUUUAAUUAGAUAAAUUAAAUUAUUUAUUUAAAAA